UUGGCCUUUGAAGAUUUGACCCAAUAGGCUAUCAGAAUUAAGUGAUGAUGCAAGUGGAGAUUAUUCAAGCAGUCAUAGUCGAAGCGGGGAGACAUUUUUGGUGUCGGACUCUCCCCCGUGCAUUGAAGGAACCAAGUUAAUUGCAUGACUCUGCUACAAAUUUAAACCUGAAUAAAGUUGAAUGUUGACAACGGAUCUAUUUGGCUACCAAGAUGGACGUAUUUAGUUCUUUCUUCGCUGCUCUGGUGGGUUGCCUUCUGUUCAGCGAGUGUCACACACAAGAGCGUCCUUGCGACGAGGGGCGUAAUCCCUGCAUGAAUGGAGGCUUCUGUUUUUCACUGGACGGUGUGACACCAAUGUGCGGAUGUGUUGGUGACUACAUCGGAACUCAUUGCAAUUAUGUCCACCCCUGCUCAGACAGUGUCAACCCCUGCUUGAACGGUGCCACCUGCACACCCUCCAUGGGCGACCUCUCUGCAGUGUGCACCUGUGCCACAGAUUUCAGCGGGAAGCACUGCGAAAAAGAAAAUCCUUGUCGAGAAGGGCUCAACCCAUGUUUGAAUGGUGCAACAUGCUCUGAGUUGAAUUCUGAAGCAGUGUGCGAAUGUGCAGAUGGUUUUGUUGGCGCCUUCUGUGAGAAUGUUGCCCAGUGUCCAGACAGCAACAACACUUGUGACAAUGGUGCGACGUGUUUAGUGGUAAAUUCAGCCACUGUUUGUGUUUGCCCAAGAGGUUAUGUUGGAGACAAUUGCCAAAGACCUCACCCCUGUUCUGAGGGACUCAAUCCAUGUUUGAAUGAUGGUGACUGUUUCUCCACUGAUGAUGUGACUGCGUUAUGUUCGUGCAUGAAUGGUUUCACAGGAGUAUAUUGUGAACAAGCAUCUCCCUGCCGUGACAGCAUCAAUCCAUGCUUGAACGGAGCCACCUGCGUGGAAGAAAAUUCAGCAGCACUGUGCAUCUGUCCAGAAGGCUUCAUCGGAGAUAUCUGCCAAAGAGUUCAUCCUUGUGCACUGAGAUCAGUAGCAUGUAUGAAUGGCGGAUCGUGCUUUGCAGCCGAGGAUGGCACAAACGUCCACUGCAUCUGUGUUGAUGGCUUUACUGGAGUGCGCUGUGAACAAGCUUCACCCUGCCAUGUCAGCAUCAAUCCCUGUGCCAACGGAGCCACAUGCGUUGAAGACAACUCAGCGGCAAUCUGCAUCUGUGCCGAAGGCAUCACAGGGGCUUCUUGCGAUCGAGUUGAUCCCUGUGAGUUGGAGGUCAACCAGUGCUUGAACGGCGGAAACUGUUUCUCCACUGACAAUGCCACAACAAAGUGUGCGUGCCUUGACGAUUUCACUGGUCCGCUGUGUGAGAUAGUGCCCCCCUGCCAUGACAGUGUCAACCCAUGUAUGAAUGGAGCCACUUGCGCAGUCAAAGAUUCUGCAGCAGUUUGCAUCUGUGCAGAGGGUUUUGUCGGAGAUGUUUGUGAAAGAGUUCACCCGUGUGCUGCCUCGGUAAGCCCUUGUAGGAAUUCUUCUGACUGUGUCUCCCCUGACGGCCUCUCUGCAGUAUGUAUCUGUGCCUUCGGCCUGACUGGGGAAUACUGUCAAACCAUGCUCCCAUGCCAUGACAGCAUCAACCCAUGUAUGAAUGGAGCCACCUGCUUGGAGGGGGGUUCAACUGCGUUCUGUAUCUGUGCAGAAGGCUUCGUUGGAGAUAACUGCGAAAGAGUUGACCCUUGUGCUGCAGAGCUUGAUCCAUGCAUGAACGGCGGGUCCUGCUACUCGCCUGACGGCAUCACAGCCAAGUGUGGAUGCGCCGAUGGGAUCACAGGAAUGUUUUGUGAGAUAGUUCCGCCUUGUCACGACAGCAUCAACCCCUGCGCAAACAAAUCACUCUGCCUGGAGACGAAUUCCACCGCCGUCUGUGUGUGCCCCAGGGGCACGAGCCGAGAUGACUGCAAAGAAGUUCAACCAUGCAAAGAAACCAAUUCUGCUGAUGUCACAGGCGUGUGUGUCUGUAGGAACAGUACCACUCUUCUGCAGUGUGAAAAAGUGCCAUCGUGUCAUGACAGCGUUAACCCAUGUCUCAACGGAGCAACUUGUGUGGAAGAGGAUUCAGCAGCUGUCUGCAUCUGUGCAGAAGGCUACAUCGGUGAUUACUGUGAGAGAGUUCACCCCUGUGCUGAUGCAGUGAACCCUUGUUUGAAUGGUGGAAAAUGCUUCUCCAAAGAUCUUAUUGAAGCCAAAUGCUCAUGUUUGGAAGGCAUUGCUGGGCAGUAUUGUGAAAUAGUACCUCCAUGCCAUGAGAGCGUCAACCCAUGCAUGAAUGGUGCGUUGUGCAUAGAAGAGAAUGCAACCGCAGUCUGCGUCUGUGCGGAGGGCUUUGUCGGCGACAAUUGUGAGAGAGUUCACCCGUGCUCCACCGGGGUCGACCCUUGUGUGAAUGGUGGCAUCUGCCUCUUGACUGACCGGGUCAAUGCCACAUGCACGUGCAUUGAUGGCUUCACAGGGGCACACUGUGAAACAGCUUCCCCAUGCCACGAGAGUGUAAACCCGUGUCUUAACGGUGCGUCGUGCAUCGUAGAUAAUUCAGCAGCAUUCUGUGUCUGUGCUGAGGGCUUUGCUGGAGCUAACUGCAGCAGAGCUCAUCCGUGCGCCGCCAGCGUUAAUCCUUGCAUGAAUAACGGUGAGUGCUUCUCCGCUGACGGCGAGACGGCCAUGUGCGUUUGCCCCGACGGCCUGUUAGGAAUUCACUGUGAAAGAGUUUCUCUGUGUCGAGACAGCGUCAACCCGUGCCUGAACGGAGCAACGUGCACAGAGGACAAUUCAUCAGUAGUCUGCAUCUGUGCGGAAGGCUUCAUCGGGGAUAACUGUCAGAGAGUUCAUCCCUGUUCUGAGGGAGUCAAUCCAUGCUUGAACAGUGGCACUUGCUUCACCAGCGACGGCAUGACAGCAAAGUGUGCAUGCUUAGAUGACUUCACUGGAGCGUACUGUGAUUUCAUGGCUCCUUGCAAUGAGUUUGUUAAUCCCUGCCUGAAUGGCGCCACCUGCGUAUCAGACAACACUGGAUGUGCUAGAUGCAUCUGCACCGAGGAUUAUGUUGGAGAUAACUGUGCAAGAGCUCACCCUUGUUCGGCAGGAGUUAAUCCCUGCUUGAACGGUGCCCGCUGUUUCUCUGUGAGCGAUGUCAUGGCAGUGUGUUCAUGUGUGAAUGGGUACGCCGGUGAACGGUGCGAAACAGUUCCCCCGUGUCAUGACACUGUCAAUCCGUGUAUCAACGGAGCAGUCUGUGUUGAGCACGAUUCGGCCGCAGUCUGCAUCUGUGCUGCAGGCUUUGUUGGAGAUCACUGUGAACGAGUUCAUCCAUGUGCUGAUGCAGUCAAUCCAUGCACAAACGACAGUAGUUGCUUCUCUCUUGACGGUAUCACGGCAGUAUGUGCCUGUGUCAACAGCUCAAGCAGACAAGAGUGCGAACAUUAUGGGGUGUGUCACGCCAGCCUCAGCCCAUGUCUGAACGGAGCCACAUGCAUGGAUGUUAACUCGUCGGCUGUUUGUCAGUGUGCUGAUGGUUUCCAAGGUGUAAACUGUGAGAACGUGACUGCAUGCCAUGACAGUGUCAACCCAUGCCUGAAUGGAGCAACGUGCAUGGAGAUGGGCUCCAUACCCGUCUGCCGAUGCACUGAGGGUUUCAUUGGCAUCAACUGCUCAAGAGUGAAUCCAUGUGCUGAAGGCAUCAAUCCCUGCUUGAAUGGUGCCAACUGCUUCCCCAACAUCCAAGCAGUAUGUACGUGUAUGAACGGGUUCUCCGGACAACAUUGCGAAAUAGCACCUGUUUGCCAUCCUAGCGUCGACCCCUGUCUGAACGGGGCGACUUGCAUUGAGGUGAAUGGAACGGCAACGUGUAUUUGCACCAUUGACUUCAGCGGCAUCGACUGUGGGAAUCCUGUGGACCCAUGUCAUGCAAGUGUCAACCCGUGCCUGAAUGGAGGGACGUGUACACAGGUCAACUCAAGAGCCGUUUGCCAAUGCCCUCCCCUCUUCCUGGGUCCAAAAUGUGAAAAUGCUAACUUGGCUCUGGUUUCUCCGUGUGACAAUGGCAUAUGCCUGAACGGAGCAACGUGCAUGGAGAUGGGGUCGUCAACACUCUGCGUGUGUAGCGAUGGGUUCAGCGGCAUUAACUGUGAGCAAGCUGACCCCCAGGAGCUGGUAUUGGAUGAACCACGGACAGGUGAAAGCAGGAAACGGAAUGUGCACACCAAUCCUGAAGAGUCACGUGAGCCCGCAUUGAAUACAGCUUCGAGCCAUGGCUGGCAAGCACUACCACUCUCAACUUUCCUUGUCAUUAUAAUAAUAAUGCUCAGUUAAGUAUAGUGUAAUUCGACCACCAGAAUAGACCGAUUGCGCCAGCUAAGUCGUGUGACCUAUAGUGGGUAUAAGAUAUCAACAAACACGGCUCCAUCUAAAGCAAAGUGUGUAAUAAGUAACAUUUACCAAAAAUAAAGCUGACGGUAAGCACCGUACCUGGAUUACUCAUGUGCUGGGUGCUAUUCCGUAACUUUGCUGUAUUGUUUUUUAACAACACUCAAACCACUCAAUACCCACUAUAGGUCACGUGAUUUAGCGGACACGAUCGGUCUAUUAGAAGCCAUUACUGCGGUGGCACAACGCUCAU